AUGAUGUUUAUGGUGCAACAGCACCAAAAACAUCACUAGCGCAUGCCUCGACAAGGACAAGGAAAAUGUCAAGCGUCCAAGCUCGGGAAACUGAGCACCACGGGAAGUGCAGCGGCAUCACUUCCCAAUCCGUCGGACUUGGCUGCCUUGCUAGCAGUCUCUCUCACGUUCGGGGAUGACGCGAUAGUCGCAAGUUCUCGGAUUGAUUUCGAGAACUAUGCUGUCCAGCUGGUCCCACCGUUAAACCAGCCUCUCCACGUGCAAGAUUCAAGCGCAUGCGCAGUGUUACCGUCGUCAGAGGACAACGAACCGGUUGCUUCGCCAGCCCUUCUAUCGGAGGAUCCGUCAACUUGGGCGAGUCUUGAGGAACUCGACCCGUUGACAGUUGAGGACUUCCAAUGGUUGCCUCUUCCCUCCACCGAUUCUUUGCCAACACCGCAUUGGAACGCCUUGAUGGCACAUUUGCGCGAAUACUUGCACGCUGUCGUACCACCUUUGUCGACGGACGGCGGAGUAGCGGUUGUUGACCUUCGUAGCUAUCUUGCGAAGAUCGACCACGAGCACGUAACGCAACGGUACGUCGACAUCGACGCGCCGCUCCUCUACAUCCGCACCUACAUCAGCCAGAUCGGAAAGGCGACCUGUAGUGCCUUGAUCGAUUGUGGAGGGUCUCGCAACUACAUCAACCAAGACUUCAUGGCAUGCGCCGGGCUAGGCCUGCGUGUCGAGAUCCAGCCAAGAGAUCGGUACAAAACCGCAUUCAAAACGCGGUAUGGGUACUUUGAGUGGAUCGUCAUGCCUUUCGGUCUCACCGAUGCCCCGGCUACUUUCCAAGCGGCUAUGACGACGGAAUUCCGCGACCUGCUCAACCGCACCGUACUCAUUUACCUUGAUGACAUCUUGGUUUAUAGCCGAUCGCUGGAGGAGCACCUCGAGCACCUUCGCGCCGUUUUGGAGCGGCUCCAUAUCGUGAAUGCCACGUCAGCAGUGCCACGUCAGCAAGCCAGGUCACAGUGCCAGGUCACAGUGCCAGGUCACAGUGCCAGGUCACAGUGCCAGGUCACAGUGCCACGUCAGCAGUGCCACGUCACAGUGCCAGAUCAGCAGUGCCACGUCAGCAGUGUCGGGUCACAGUGCCAAGUCAGACUCAGUGCCACGUCAGCAGUGAUGUCAGACACAGUGCCACAUAAGCAGUACCACAUCAGCAGUGCCACGUCAGACACAGUGCCACGUAAGCAGUGCCACAUCAGCAGUGCCACGUCAGACACAGUGCCACGUCAGACAGUGCCACGUCAGACAAAGUGCCACGUCAGCAACAUGACGGGCCUGCCAGGCCAACUGGCCAUUGAGCCCAUUGCCGACUACAAAAAGCGCGUCCAUGCUCAGCUCGCGGCAAUCGAGGCUGAGGAACAACGCCAGCUGGCAGUCAAGGCUGUCCAGCUACAGGCUGAUGAAGCGGCAACAGCAGAGAAGCUGCGGCUACAGGCCGAAGCAGACGCAGAUGCCCAGGCUCGCCGCAAGGAAGCCCAGGAUCUGCUGCAGUGGCAUGAAGCCAACAGCAUCAAGAAACUCAAGUACUGGCACUUUGAACCGAACGGCGACGAGCCAACACCGGAAGAGCAUCAUAGGGAGUUCAUGGCCAAGCUCGUGAGCAGGUUGGUUUACACAUGUAACCACCUACAGUCCGAGCUGGCAAACCUACAGCAGGCCGUGCGGAAUCAGAAGACUCAGCACGAGGAUGCCACACGGGCACUGGACGUCCGUGUACUGGACCUGGAACAGGCUGUACCAGGACCAGAUGCCGGAGCUUCCAGCAGUGCAUCCUCUAGCCGCCAACUGGAGGAACGCGUUGACCACGUAGUGGCAAUGCUAGGAGACAUAAGUGUCUUCACAGAGCCGGCCACCAUCAGCCAGCGGUUCGAGUUGCUGUACACUAAGAUCAGUCAGCAACAGCACACUGACCACAGCCACAACAACAGCUCGGCAAGGCCAUACAAGAUGCCGACGUUCCGGAUCGAGAAAUUUGAUGACUACACACAUCAAGACCCGGUCGUCUGGUGGCAAGGAUUUACAACGGAGUUGGGGAUUCACGAAGUCCCUGACCAUUUGUUCAUCAGUGCUCUGUUCAUCAACGCCAAGGGAGGUUGUCAGAUCUGGCUCAGCCACAUGGCAACCAUCCACGGCGUCCAGGUUUCAGACCUGUACAAGAAGGUCUCCUGGGAAGAUAUGACAAAGGAAUGGAAGAAGCGGUUCAUCGUUGACGACGCCCCGGCACUCGCCGUCAACCGCAUCUUCACGAUGGCUCAAGGGAGCACACCGACACGUGACUGGCUCACGGAUUGGCAAAAAAUCGUGGCAACGCCCGAUUUGGACUUGUCAUUUCCGCAUCUGCGGCGUGAGUUCUACAACAGGUCAUGCGCCGCUCUCAGCCUCGCACUUGGUGAUCGCGAGCAGUACAGCACUUUCGCAGAGAUCAUCAACAAGGCGAGAGAGCUCAUCAAGACUAACAGGCCGGCUGCACACGAGAAGUCCACGUGGCAGCCAACCUAUGUGGAGAAGGUACGAACUGGUCCGCGACAGCAGCAGUUCGCUGCAGUCCAGUCGGACAGUGGAGAUAACCCAGCAGCCACUCCAGCAUCAAGUGACGGAGAUCAAGUGGCUGCUGUCCAGCCGCGAAGCAACAAGUCCCGCAACAAUGGGAAGGCGAAAUCCGCAUCGCAGGCAGGAAAUGGACAACCAGGACAAUUUCCAUGGGUCAAGUUUGGCUUGACCGAGGCGGAGUACAAGCUAGACCCAUUGACGUUCACGGACUUCCAGUGGAUGCCCGUUCCCUCGACCGGACGAUUGCCGAAACCGCAUUGCAACGUGCUUAUGGCACAAUUGCGGGACUACUUGCACACUGCAGUACCAGCUCCGUUGAUGGACGUCGGAGCAGAGGUUGUCGACCUUCUCGCGUACAUCGCGAAGAUCGACCGUGAGUUCAAGAUGCAACGAUACGACGACAUCGACGCACCAUUGCUAUACGUACGCAUUCAAAUCGGAGAGGCGACUUGCUGUGCCUUGAUCGAUUGCGGAGCAUCUCACAACUACAUCAGUCAGGACUUCAUGCUGCCACGUGGUAUCCGCCGCAAGCAUGCGAGCUUCCAUCAUCAGAGACGACAUCGGGGAGAUGGGGGUGUGUUUUCCUACAGCGACGUGUUCGAAGGCCCGCAUGGAGUAGUACCGGAUCGACCCAUCCGCCACGAGAUCAUCCUCGAGGACGGGGCCGUACCUCCGCGCGGUUGCAUCUACCGAAUGAGCGAGGAAGAGUUAAGUGUGCUUCGGGCACAACUCGACGACCUUCUGGAGAAAGGCUGGAUUCGGCCUAGCUCAUCGCCAUACGGUGCUCCUGUUCUCUUCGUCCGGAAGAAGAACAAGGACCUGCGGUUGUGCAUCGAUUAUCGCAAGCUCAACGCGCAGACGAUCAGGAACGUCGACCCUCUCCCACGCAUCGACAACCUUUUCGAGCAAUUGGGCGGCGCCCAGUUUUUCUCUAGGAUGGAUCUCAAGUCAGGGUACCACCAACUCGAGAUUCGCAAGGAGGAUCGCUACAAGACCGCGUUCAAGACACGGUAUGGGCAUUUCGAAUGGCUGGUCAUGCCAUUUGGCCUUACGAAUGCCCCAACCACUUUCCAAGCAGCUAUGACGACGGAGUUCCGACACAUGCUGGAUCGUUUCGUACUUAUCUACCUCGACGACAUUCAGGUUUACAGUCGGAGUCUGGACGAGCAUGUGGAACACCUACGCACCGUUUUGGAGCGGCUACGACAGGCCAAGUACAAAGCAAACCGCGACAAGUGCGAGUUCGCACAGCAGGAGCUGGAGUACUUGGGACACUAUGUGAUGCCGCAAGGCAUCCGUCCGCGUGCGGACAAGAUCGAGGCCCUACGAGUAUGGCCCGAGCCCACCAACACCACGGACGUUCGUUCAUUCAUGGGGUUGGCGAGCUACUAUCAGCGAUUCAUCACCGGAUACUCCAGGAUUGCUGCACCUAUGACGAGGUUACAGUCGCCAAAGGUGCCAUUCGUAUUCGAUGACGACGCACGCCGGUCAUUCCAAGCACUUAAGGCGGUUAUGCUCAUGGCACCCGUCCUUAGCAUCUUUGACCCCACCCUGCCGACGCGACUGACUACGGACACUUCCGGCUAUGGCAUUGGGGCAGUCUUGGAACAGCACGACGGUGAUGACUGGCACCCUGUGGAGUAUUUCAGCCACAAAGUGCCUCCCAUCAACUCGCUUGAUGAUGCACGGAAGGAGCUGCUCGCAUUCAUGAUGGCUCUCAAGCGCUGGCGGCACUUCCUCCUUGGGCGUCGUAGGUUCACAUGGGUCACAGACAACAAUCCAUUGACCUACUACAAGACGCAGGACACGGUGAGCAGCACGAUCGGACGAUGGAUGUACUUCAUCGACGAAUUUGACUUCACACCGAAACAUGUCCCCGACCUCUCCAAUCGCGCAGCAGAUGCAAUCUCGGGAAGACCUGAUCUUUGCGCUAUGUCACAUCAUGCCUUCGCAUUCGACGAGGAGCUUCACAAGCCCCGCAACCGCAAUCCCUACGGCUGGUUACACCCGAUGCCUAUCCCACGGGAACCCGGUCUCUCCAUUGCCAUGGACGUCACCGGUCCGUUUCCUCGCGACCGGCUCGGGCACGACGGCAUCCUCACAGUUGUGGACCGAUUGAGUAAGUACGGGCGUUUUCUUCCUUGCAAGUACUACUCUACGGCUCCCGAGCUGGCACGCCUCAUGCACACUGGUUGGAUUUGUGGCCACGGUGUACCAGAAGACAUUGUCAGCGACCGAAACACUCGUUUCAUGUCGGCGUUUUGGACUGCUCUCAUGCAGGAGUCCGGCACAACAAUGAAACCAAGUUCGGCUCGACAUCCUCAGACAGACGGGCAGACGGAGCGGGCACAUCUAACCGCUCAAAUGAUGCUUCGUACGCUCAUCCGUCCGGACCAGAAAGAUUGGGUUGACCGCCUCCCCGACAUCGAGUUCGCCUACAACACUUCGGUGCAUCCGGCGAUCGGCGUGACUCCAUUCGAGUUUCACCACGGUGGACGAAAAGGCCGGAUCUUCGCAGACCUUCUCCUCCCUCGACCAGCCAACAUUGAUGCUGCCUGCUCUCCCGCUUCCGUCCGGAAGUACAGGGAAUUGCUAACUCAAGCCCGCGCAAAUAUGCAAAAGGCUCAAGUCCGCAUGCAGCAGCAAGCCAACAGGYGUCRCGUACCAUGUYCCAUCCRSGCCGRUGAUCUGGUUUGGGUCUCCMCGGAAGAGUUUGCACUGGAACAGGAUGUUUCACGCAAACUGCUUCCCAAGUGGUUUGGACCUUGGUCUGUGACAGCAGCCGCGGGCGAUGAGCCCGAUGGCCCUUCAUUUGUGAUCAACAUUCUAGAGCAUCUGACGGUCCAUCCGGUCUUCCACGCCUCGAAGCUGGCAACAUACACGCCAACCAAGAGCGACGACUUUCCGGAACGACGAUCGCAAGACCCUCCUUCUAUGGAUGGUCAUGAGAAAGUUGACCGCGUCAUCUCCGAUCGCAAGUACGGCAGCAAGCCGCGGCAAUACAAAGUCACAUUCAAAGCAUGCGAUUGCGACGACACUCGGUGGAUUUCAGGCGCAGAUUUGAAAGCAUCCGCACCGCUGAUCUACGCGCAUUAUGAAAAGCGGAAGUUAGCUCAGGAAGCUUCACGACCAGCCCCUCCCACCCGGACUGUGGUCCCUCCCUCAGACAGACAGCUUCGCCCUCGCAGGUAAGCUCGGUUCUUCAAGGAGGGGGGGGUGUGGCAUACUGCGUAGCCACACGGGCCCUGCAGGGCCCGUCCCGGACAUUCAGCCUAAAAGCCGAAAAC